CACGCUAGGGAUUCGGUGCUUCCUUGGAUCGGAGUAGAUGCGAUUGACUCGAUAAAUCGUAGAUUGCUGCCUAAUACCAGGGGUAGGGGCAUUGCUGGCUAUAAAUAAGCCCCGGAGAUGAUAGGGUGCAUGCCAGGUGCCAAAAGCCUCCCUGGAUAAUACUAUUGCCGAGGGGCAGCCAACAGCCAACAGCAGGGAUGGAAUGAAGCCUGCGUCUUUUUAAGCCCUUUAAGGAGGCCCGAACCCAUUCCUUUCCCCAGAUCGUCAGGUCGUCGGUCGUCGUCAGUCACAUUCACUCGUUUAUUUAUCCCAUUAGUUAUCCCAGUCGUUCGUUCCUGUCGAUCACUCGCUCCUACUACUGACCACCCACCCUACCACGAUAAACUACACGAUAAACAAGAUGCUCUCCACCUCGCUCCUGAGCGCCCUCUCCUUCAGCGCCUUCGCCUGCGUCGCGAAGGCCGCGACGCCCGCCUACUCCAUCGUCGAGCCGACGCAGGGCGCCGUCGUGUCGCUCGACACCGCGACGGUCAUCGAAUGGAACACGACCGAAUCCAGCUCCAGCAAAGUGUCCUUCUACCUCGAAACGACCGAUAACUCGACGGACCUCUACACGAUCGCAUCGAAGAUCUCCAACUCGGGGUCCAUCUCCUGGUCGCCGCCGUCCAGCAUCAGCGCAGGAACCGACUACAUCGUGGUGCUGCAGCCGGCGGACUCGGACACCGAGUACAAGUCGGACGCGUUCACCAUCUCGGCCUCCUCCAACUCGACGACCUACUACCCGACGGAAGGCGAGGAGAUCGAGACGGGCGAGACGGCCAUCGUGACCUGGAAGGUCGACAGCAACGUCACCAGCGUCAGCAUCUACCUCAUGGAGGGAACCGACACGUCGGACCUGAAGAACGUCUCUACGAUCACGACCGACAUCGCUAACUCCGGAGACGUGGCGUUUGUUCUCUCGACCAGUAUCGCGUCCGGGGAUGAUUAUCUGUUUGCGAUUGUCGAUACCAAGGAUCCCAGCAGCGUCAAGUAUUCGUCGACGUUUACGAUCGUGAAUGAUUCCGCGUCCAAGUCGUCGUCCUCGUCUUCGGGGUCGAGCAGCUCGUCGGGUACCUCCUCUUCAUCGUCGUCCUCGUCUACUACUUCUUCUGGGUCGGACUCGACGUCGACUUCCGCGGGCGCGAGGGCCUUGGUUUCGCUGCAGUGGCUGGUGGGGUUGUUCUUGGUUGCUUUGCUAUUCUAGAUUGGGUUGCUUUCUGUUUGUGCGGUUGAGAAUGAUAUAUCUGAGCUUGUCGCGCGUUAGUCAUUGAGUCUGAUGCUUUGGACGAUGAAAGGCUGUAAUUAUAAAGUCGUGUUUUUUGAACAUAAAUUUGGAACUGUUAAGCAGUGGCACAAGUCAGCACGACGCAGUCGGCAAGUUUAUGUAGGCGCGCGUCUAAAAGUCAACUGCCGACAUGAACAGCUCAGUAGUGACCCCAUGAGGAGCAAGGUUCCGUGAAAGUAAAGAAGCGUUCAUGAAAAAAGAAACACAAGGCCGACUCGUAGGGA